AUGUCGCGAAUCAUGAGAAUAGAUGAGAAUCACGCCGCAGCGAACAUGAAUGAAGGAAUGAAGAAGGCGACGGUUGUUAGGCGCCCUGUUCUGGGAGAGCUUGGCAACAAAGUAUUUCGGAAUGCCUCACACGAACUGGUGGGCAAAGCUGGCGAAAAGGGAAUGGCUUUGAAGGGUUCCAAUAUGACUUUGAAAAACAUCAAGCCACGCGUAGAUACUCGCUGGAAGAAGGCGGAAAAUGUGGUGGUCGCCGCGAUCGCCAAAAAGCCCGUGACAAGGUCUGAUUCGUUGAAAUCUACGACCGAAGGAAAACUCCGACCCAACGCCGUCGUGAAACAGGAGCCAGCUGUUCAUGAUGCUGUGAAAGUAAACGUGCAAUUGAAUAAGGGACAUGAAAUGAAGUUUGUAACCCUGAAGCGCGAAGACAGUCAGUUAUCGUUGCGCUCGUUAGCUAAACAAACGCGAAAGAUUAAGCAAAAAUCUACCUCGACCAGCUCCGCAUCAUCAUCGGACGAAAGUGAAAUCAUCGUCAAAACAAAGAGUCCUGAAAAACUAGACAAUCAUUCACAGAGCUUGCUGCAAAGUAUUGAAAACAUUGACGCGAACGAUGCGUGGAAUCCGAUGCUGGUAUCGGAGUACGUUAACGACAUAUACAAGUAUUUGAACAAGCUAGAAAGCAGCCCAGGAUAUGCGUUGUGCGAAAAUUUCCUCGAUGGUCAAAAGGAGAUCACACACAAGAUGCGAACGAUUCUGAUUGACUGGAUGAACGAAGUACACCAUCAGUUCAAGCUCGACAUCGACACAUACCAUAUGACAGUGUCACUUAUUGACCGUUAUUUACAGAAGGUGAAGACUGUUCCGAAGAAAAAGCUUCAACUAGUCGGCGUGACCGCGAUGUUUAUCGCCUCAAAGUAUGAGGAAUUGUUUCCUCCCGAAAUUCAUGAUUUUGUGUUCAUCACCGAUGAUACUUACCAAAAGCAUCAAAUUCUGGAAAUGGAAAUUGAGAUGGUGAAAACGUUGGAAUUCAAUAUGGGCAAACCACUUCCCACCCACUUUUUGCGUCGCUUCUCAAAGGCUGCCAAAGCGUCGGAUGUAAACCAUGUGCUGGCGAAAUACCUCAUAGAGCUUGCGAGCGUUGACUACAGCACUGCACAUUACAAACCCUCAGAGAUUGCAGCCGCUGCCCUAUACAUAUCAUUGUAUCUGUUCCCUUUGUCAUCGCACGGUCGAAAUGAGUCGGGAGGACGAAUUUGGACCACUACCUUAGAACACUAUACAAACUAUAGUGUAAAAGAGUUGGCACCAAUUGUCCAACGGCUUGCAAAAGUAAUCAAGAACGUUCCCAAAAUGAUGGAAAAGAAAAUCAAAUCUCCGUGGGUGAAGUAUUCAUCUUCUAAGCUCCAAUGCAUAUCGACACACUCGAAGCUCAAGGGACCAGAAAUUGAUAUUUUAAUUCAAAGUAAACUACUUGAUUAG